AUGGGCAUCAAGCUGUUCCUGACCGGCAUCGAGCUCGUAGUCGCCGACGACUUGCGAUCGCCCACCAGUCUUCCAGUACGAUCUGUCCUGCAUCAGCUCUUCGUUUCCACCCACAUGGACGCCGAGUUCGAGCUCGUCACGAAGCCGCCAGCCAACGCGAUGAUCCAGCCCUCGCAAAUGUACGAAGUGACGGUGGUUGGACUCGAGGUGCAAGUGCCCCGCACCAACUCCUACAUUCUCCACCCGAGCUGA